AUGCUGAACCCGGCUGCGAUGCUUCUUUUUACGGUCUUGAUUCUUCUCGUCGUCAAGGUCUUAAGAUGGCGACGCAGGACGUUCUGCUACUUCAAGGAUCUCGGAAUUCCUGGUCCUAGUCCAAACCUGAUUUGGGGAAAUCUCCGGGAAUACCACGAAAAAGGUUUGUUCCAGGCCCUCGAUAAAUGGUGCAAGCAGUAUGGCGACGUAUUCGGAUUUUACAAUGGUGAUGUGCCAGUGAUAGUUGUGAAGGACCUCGAUUUCUUGCAGUACGUCUUCGUCAAGAGCUCGUCAAAUUUCACAGACCGUGGAGUGACCAUUCGAUCGGACGAGAUUCAUCCAUACCUCAGUCAGUGUCUGGUUCAUGCCAAGGGCACACAUUGGAAGAGCACGCGUCAGUGCGUUUCCUCCGGUUUCACAAGCUCCAAAAUCAAGCAGAUGAUGGGCCACAUCGCACAAAUGUGUGAUGUGUUCAUGGAUGUCCUCGGCGAGGAUGCUGACAACGGCAGAGAGGUUCAUAUGGUCAGCAAGUUCCAGGGGCUCACGAUGGAUUACCUCGGCCGAGCAGCUUUCGGAAUUGACACGAGUUUCCAGCGUAAUCUGAACCACCCAUUCCUCAUCACUGCCAAAGAGGCCGCACAUGGGCUCAUGACCGGCCCGGUUCACAUGUUGGCUCAGUGCACGACUUCGUUUGGAAAUUUGGCUACUCCGCUGCUAUGGCUGAAUUGGAUUUUCGGGUCAUUUCCAGUUCGAAAGUUUGCCGAACACGCGGCAAAGGUCAUUCGCCUGCGGAAAAACAACCCUGAACUACGAAGAAAUGACAUACUUCAAAACCUUAUUGACGCAGAGUAUGAGGAACUUCCGACGACUCCAAAGACGGUUUCUGAACAAACGAAGACCACUGGGACUCUAGGCAGUGACAAGAUAAGGAGACUACGUUUUGAAGAAGUGGUGAUGAACACGACCCUUCUAUUCCUCGCCGGGUUUGAAACGACUGCGACUGCACUAUGCUACGUCACGUACGCACUCGCAAAAUACCCGGGUGUUCAGGAGAGAGUUAGAAACGAGGUGAAUGAGGCACUCCACGGCUCGGGAUGUCUUGAUUAUGAGGCCGUGACACAGAAACUGAAGUACCUCGGACAGGUUGUGAAUGAGGCGCUGCGGCUUUGGCCGCCUAUACUCACAUUUAGCACAAGGCAGGCGACAGAAGACUUCGAGUACAAGGGCAUCAAGUACAGGGCCGGCACUUGCAUCAUGUCCCCCACCCUUCAGAUCCACAGGGACGCGAGAUUCUUCGCCGAUCCCACGAAGUUUGACCCAGACAGGUUCAGCGCCGAGAAUGACGGAAGCUUUCCAAAAAUUGCGUACCAGCCCUUCGGCUUGGGACCCAGAAAUUGUGUCGGUUCUAUGCUCGCGCUGUUGGAAAUCACCUACACAAUUGCAAUGAUGACACACCGUUACCGUUGGGAACUAGGCCAAUCUCAAAAGGGAGAAAUGCCCCUGGACCAGUAUGCCAUGGUGUCAAUUCCUGGAAGGGGGCCUUGGAUUGUCUUCCACAGAAUAUGAGGACGCCGGUAAAAUUGUUACGAUAUCCAAAGCUAUUAAAAUAUAUUAUCAUUUUAUUAUCCA